CACUCAUUCCAAAAUCCAUUCACAAUACACACGAACGAGAGGAUGGCUUCAGAACCCAGUCUUUGCGGCAACGGCUGCGGAUUCUACGGCUCUCCUCAAACCAACAACCUCUGCUCCAAGUGCUACAAGGACUCCCAGAAGAACCAACAACCCAAACCCCCCGUCGCCGCCGUUUCUUCAACCGCCGCCGCCACAGACGUCGUCUUCUCCUCCCAGCUGGCGGCAGCUAAGUCGGACUCGGCCACGGAUAACAGCGGCGGCGGGGUGAAUAAUAAGGGGAAGAGCCGGUGCAAGGCGUGCAACAAGAAGGUCGGCCUGCUGGGUUUCGCCUGCCGGUGCGGCGACGUGUUCUGCGGGUCCCACCGGUAUGCCGAAGAGCACGGGUGCAGCUUCGACGUCAAGGGAAUAGCGCGCGAGAUUUUGAUCAAGCAGAACCCGCUCUGCAAGGGCGAUAAAUUGGAAUUCAGGAUUUGAAUAACACACGAAUACACGGUAGGUUAGGUUAUUAGAUUUCGAUUUCAAAAGAUUAGUUUACAUAAUUGUAUUGAAUUAAUUAAAUCGGUCCUUUAAGGUAUGUAUACAGUUUGAUCAGCUUAUCAUUGUCGUUUCGUGUUCUUGUCCUCGUACCUUGUCGCGGAAUGUCGUAACUCGCGCGAAGCGGGUAUUAAACCAAGUAUUGUAAU